AUGUCGUCCGCCGGCGUGGUCUCCGAGAAGAACCCCAACAAUGAAUCCACUCCCGUGACGGAUGUCAACCUCCUCGGGAAGGGUAGUCCGGGUGUCCGUCGCAUCGAAGUCAUCACCUCGUACUUCGGAUUGGUGGAUCGAGUCUUCCUGUUCCUGGCAAUCUUCCUGAUCGCCUAUGUUUACGGCUUGGAUGGAACUGUCCGCUACACAUACCAGCCUUAUGCUACCCAGAGCUACAGCGAGCACAGCUUGCUGGCUACGAUCAAUGUUCUCCGAGCGGUGAUUGCGGCCGCUGCGCAGCCCACCGCGGCGAAGAUUGCAGAUGUCUUCGGCAGAGUGGAGCUGAUCAUUGUCUCUAUUGUCUUUUAUACCGUGGGAACGAUCGUUGAGACAUGUGCGAAGAAUGUCUCCGCCUUUGCGGCUGGUGCAGUCAUCUACCAGAUCGGAUAUACCAGCAUCAUGCUCCUGGUCGAGGUCUUGAUCGCCGAUGUGACAUCCUCUCGCUCUCGUCUGCUGUUUUCAUAUGUUCCCGCUCUGCCUUUCAUCAUCAACACCUGGAUCAGCGGAAACCUGACCGAGGCCGUGCUGAAAGUCACCACAUGGCAAUGGGGAAUUGGCAUGUUCGCCGCCAUAUACCCCAUCUGCGCAAUCCCCCUCGUCACAGUCCUAUACAUCGUGCAGCGCCGCUCAAAGAAAGCCGGAUCCCUGGAGUCAUACAAGAGCUCACUCGAGCUUCUGGGCGGCAAGAAAAUGGUAGUCGAACUCUUCUGGCAUCUCGAUGUCGUCGGUAUGGUUCUCAUGAUCGGCAUGCUCGCCUGUAUCCUGGUCCCAUUCACACUUGCAGGUGGCGUGACCGCACAGUGGAAAACCGCCAAGGUGAUCGCACCACUCGUCAUUGGAUUCCUCCUCAUUCCUGUCUGGGUCUACUGGGAGAAGACAUGCAAGCACCCGAUGGUGCCAUUCAAGCUACUUCAAGAUCGUGCCGUGUGGGGCGCCCUUGCCAUUCCCAUCUGGCUGAACACUGCUUGGUACCUGCAGGGAGACUUCCUCUACACGGUUCUGUAUGUCAGCUUCGAUGAAUCGGUUCUCAGUGCAACUCGUAUCACAUCACUUUACAGUUUCGUCUCUGUCAUCACAGGAGUCAUCCUCGGAUUCAUUGUUAUGCGCGUGCGCCAGCUGAAGCCUUUCAUCGUGGCCGGAACUGUUUUGUUCACCGUUGCUUUUGGAAUUUUGAUCCAUUUCCGCGGUGGAGUUUCAGGCUCAAGCCACUCCGGAGUCAUUGGUGCUCAGGUUCUUCUCGGAAUCGCUGGUGGUAUGUUCCCAUACCCAGCCCAAGCCAGUAUCCAAGUGGCCUCCCGACACGAAAACCUCGCCGUUAUCACUGGUCUAUACCUUGCCGCCUACAACAUCGGCAGCGCCCUUGGCAACACCAUCUCCGGCGCGAUUUGGAACCAAGUCCUACCCGGCGAGCUCAUUAACAGACUUGGCAAUGAGACCUUGGCCGCCUAUGUCUAUGCAAAGCCACUUGAAUUCGCAGGCACUAACCCUGUUGGCACGCCCGAUCGCGACAAUGUCAUUUUGGCGUAUCAGCACACCCAGCGCUUGCUUUGCAUCACGGGUAUUUGUCUGACGGUGCCCUUGAUUGCCUUUGCGAUGGUGAUCCGGAACCCGAUCCUGACCAAGGAGCAGACUUUGGCUAAGGAGGAGAGUGACGAUGAGUGA